UCUUUUCUUCUGCUGUCGAAGAGAGGGAGAGGGAGAGGGAGAGGGAGCAGCAAAGCAAAGAGAGAAAUUCAAAUUCCGAAAAUGGCGAGAAAUCUGAGGGUGCAACAGUCUCUACUUGUUGUUCGUAAGCUGCUUCCUGGAUCCAGACCCCUAGCCCUAAUCCCAACCUCCCAAUCAUCUCCACUUGCUGUUCAAAAGAAAUCAUCUCCACUUGCUCUUCAAAUUUACAGACCCUUGUCCACUAUUUCAGGUCAUGUCGCACAUGAUGAAGCAUCGGUACCUGUUGAUUCUCUAAUUCGCUUUUUACCCUUAACCUCGAGCUACACUGCUCAAUAUGAUUACAUACUGAAGGCAAUCCGAGAUGACUGUUUGAAUGUGGUCUGCUGCUUCUAUGCGGGGAGCCCACCUAUGCACUUACCUCUAAUCGUUCAAGCUUUCGUGGAGAGAUUCCCACAUGUAAAAAUAUAUCAUUUUCUCAUUUUUACUCUGCGUCAGAAUAAUGACACUUAUGAGGCUGCUAUGAGAAUGUUGAAUGUUACCAGAACACCGUUGUUCCAUUUCUUUCGAAAUGGUAAAAAGGUUGAUCAGCUAGUUGGUGAAUCCAUCGUGCUCUUGGACAAGACUCUUAAAAACCUUUACAACAUUCGAGAACUUGACACACAAGCUAAGGAAGUUGCAGAUCAUAAAGGAGCUGUUGGAUGGAGUGAGAGCAAAGUGUCCGCCUCGUUGGAGUGAUCAAGGCUGCUCAUUCUGUGCCUUGGACCGAGAUCGGCAGUUAAUUUUAAAAGUAUUUCCCCUACGAAAGUUGUGCUAACCACCUCGGGUGGUUAUCCAAUUGGGGUCUCUUUCCCGUUGAUCUACGUCUGGAAUGAUCUGGAGCUAAUCUGGCCGUAAGAAUUCUGUUAGUGUGAGUUUGGAGUUAAAGUUGGUGUAAGUUUGUGAACAAAAAAAGAGUGGGACCGAGUUGAGAGGUAGAAACAGAUUGAGCCAUUGCGGGGUAAGUAGUGGGUACUAUGCAUCCCUUCCAUUGAGGCCUUCAACCAAAGCAGGAUUUCAGUUGUCUCCAUCCUCGCCUUCUCCUCCGCCGAAACUAUCACCGACACCUCUCCGUUUUAAUCAAUUGAAUUGUUAUCCCUCCCUUUUAAUCAAGUUUGGGUUCUGUUUACUGUUA